UCGUUUCUUCAAUCGUUGACCGUAAACGUUGAUAGUAAACUGUUGCAGACUUGUAGUUAUAAGGUAUAAUAAGGUUGUCUAAGAUGUCACAAGAAAUAGUGUUGAUCACAGGCACUUCCUCCGGCCUUGGUAUGUGUGCAGCUGCAAUGCUCGUCAAACAUCCAAGUCAGAAGUACAAAGUGUACGCCGCGAUGAGAAAUACAGCGAAGAAGGACGAGCUACUGAAGAAGGCGGGCGAAUGCGGCGAAAAAAAUCUUGUUGUCAUUCAACUGGACGUAUGUUCCGACGACUCAGUCCAUGCUGCCGUAAAGGAUAUCCUCGACAAGGAAGGCAGAAUCGAUGUAUUGGUAAACAACGCUGGUAUUGGACUGUUAGGAGUACUUGAAGAGCAAUCAUGGGAAGCCAUCAUGAAUACAUUUAACACAAAUGUGUUUGGUGUAUUUCGAAUGCUCCGUGCCAUUGUUCCAUCGAUGAAAAAGAAGAAGAAAGGUCGUAUCAUUAACAUCAGUUCUAUUGGAGGAUUACUUGGUCUUCCAUUCAACACCGUUUAUGGAUCAACCAAGUAUGCACUAGAAGGUAUCACGGAAUGCCUCGCCCCGCAACUUGCACAAUUUAACAUUCAUGUUUCAGCCGUUGAACCCGGACCGAUUUCCACGCAGUUUGCGCCUACAGCCUUUACGCACAUGUCCGCAUUUCAACCAAAAGACGAGCCAACCAAGGCUUUGUUUGACAAAUUCGUCGAAGGUUUCAACACAACGUGGAUGAUCGAAGGAGUGUUACAAAGUGGCGAUGAAUGCGCAGAGUAUGUCCUGAAAGCGAUUGUGGACGAAAAGCCGCAAGUACAUUAUCUCACUAACAAGACCCUCGAAGAAUCAGUGAAAGUGAAGUUCAACGAUAUGACUGGAGAAGAAUGCCUUAAAAGAAGCAUGAAAUACAUCUCUUAGCUAUACUCCACGAACUAUCGUAAACUUUCAGACCACUCCUUUUCCCCCUGUUAUAGCCGCUUUCAUGCAAACACCACUGUAUAGAGAGAAAAUAGAUAAAAUACGAACA